AUGGCGGUGCUUUCUUAUGAAGAGGUGAGUUGCAGAACUGUGAUAUAAUAUAAAUAAUACAACAAUGAAUGAGCAAAUCUCAAUAUUAAAUCUUUGACCCAUUGGAUCAUAAAAUUUCUUCUUCGGAAAUGCUCUGUUUCACUGCUAAAAUCAACAAAAAAUAUUCGUUAUAGGUGAUGGCGAUGCAACGCAAAUUCUACAACUCCGGUGCCACACGACCACUUGAGUUCCGCAAGAAACAACUCCGCAAACUGAGGCGUCUAAUUGAAGAGGAACGUGAGCUCAUCGAGAAAGCCGUAUACAAAGAUCUCCGGCGUAAUCCCGGCAUCACCAACUACCUCGAAAUAGGGCCGUCGCUCACGGAAAUCGACCAUUUCUUGGAGAACUUGGACAAAUGGGCUAAACCAGAAAAGGUCGCCAAAACUGUCGCUACAAUGCUGGAUACCCCAAUGGUGGUCAGCGAGCCUUACGGAGUUGUGUUCGUAAUCACAACCUGGAAUUUCCCGGCGUUGAUGUACUUUUAUCCGAUGAUUUGUGUGCUGGCUGCGGGGAAUACAAUGAUUAUAAAGGGGUCGGAGUUGUCCGAGGCCACAACAAACUACUUGGCAAAGCUGAUCAACAAUCUGUUUCCUCCAGUAGGUUUAGUGGCAACAAUAUAAAAAAUAACGUAGUAAAAUGGCUAUAAGUAGUGUAAAAACUUCAGGAGUACGUCACCGUCUUCACGGGUGGUCCAGAAGUGUCCACAGAACUUCUGAAGCUUCCGUUCGACAAGAUUAUGUAUACUGGAAAUCCGCCAGUAGGUAGGAUCGUCAUGGAAGCGGCUGCGAAACAUUUGACACCCGUGGUAUUGGAAUUGGGAGGAAAAUGGUAAGGAUAUUUUACUCAUAGCCAAUAUUUUCCCAAUACCUUAUUGCAGGGCUUUUCUGCAAGCUAAAUGCCUGUAAAUUUCCAUUAUUACGCACCCAUUUUCAGCCCAGUAGUAGUCGUCAAUGAUGCAGACAUUAAAAUCACAGCUAAGCGAAUAAUUUGGGCCAAAUUCACAAAUGCUGGUCAAAUCUGUAUCACGGUCGAUUAUGUCAUCGUUACUGCAGACGUUGCCGAUCAGCUGAUUGAAGAGAUGAAACACUUCCUCACCGAAUUUUACGGAGAAAAUCCACAGAAAAGCGCCGACUACGGACGAAUCAUCAACCAAAGGCACUUUGAGUGAGUUGGCCGCUUAUAAUUUAUCUCUGAUACAGAUUUUAUUGAGGCACACAGUGCUAAAUGACUUUGUUUUCAGUCGUUUAAAGUCUCUGCUUGACAAGACCUUGGGAAAGGUUCAUGCAUCCCCAGGGCACGCCGACCGAGCCGACCUUUACAUCCCUCCAACGAUCGUUGAAGUCGAGGCGUUUGACAUCCUGAUGAGCGACGAAAUUUUUGGCCCCAUUUUGCCAGUCCUGGUCGUUAAAUCAUACGAAGAUGCUCUGCAAUACAUAAAGUCAGCGCCUCCUCCAUUAGCGGCCUACGUUUUCUCCAAGAACCAGAAGAAAACCGAUAAAUUUAUCGCGCAAAUCCAGUGCGGAAGCAUAGUUGUCAACGACCUGUUACUGCAAUACGGUCUGGAUACCCUGCCAUUCGGUGGGUUCGGUACGGCAGGAAUGGGAGUCUACCGAGGGAAGCAUGGAUUUGACGAGUUCUCGCACAAAAAAUCGGUCUUACAAAGAGGCUUCUUUGGCGAUCAAAUCGCAGCGUAAGUUGACAAUGACAUAAAAUUUAACUUUACUAAUAUAUUCCUUUAUUUCAGCGCCCGCUAUCCUCCAUACACCGAGAAAAAGUUCAAACAACUUGCUUUUCUGUCGAAACGACGGAAUUACCCUCCGGCAUUCUGUAAAUACCUGCGCCCUUCAUUCUUUGGCAUCUUGCUCGGAGUACUCCUUACACUCUUAAUUCAAAAGCUCGUAUCCUCAUAUCAUAUCUCAUUCCCAUUGUGGUCUAAUGCUUCGUCGAUCUAA